GGGCAGCCAGGGUUCUGCGCAGGUCCAGCAUGAACAUCCAGUACGAGGAGCCGACGCUGAGCAGCAGCUACAGCGUGGUGGGCUCCUUCCCCAAGAGCUUCGGCUACGGCGGGGAGGAGCAGGACCUGGACCCGGAGGACAGCAGCCCGUCCGCCGGCAGGCCCAGGAUCCUGCUCAUGGGUCUGAGGAGGAGCGGCAAGUCCUCCAUCCAGAAGGUGGUGUUCCACAAGAUGUCUCCUAACGAGACGCUGUUCCUGGAGAGCACCAACAAGAUCUACAAGGACGACGUCUCCAGCAGCUCCUUCGUCAGCUUCCAGAUCUGGGACUUCCCGGGCCAGGUGGACUUCUUCGACCCAACCUUCGACAGCGAGAUGAUCUUCAAGGGAACCGGAGCUCUCAUCUUCGUCAUCGACGCUCAGGACGACUACAUGGAGGCUCUGGGCCGGCUCCACCUGACCGUGUCACGGGCCUACAAGGUGAACCCGGACAUCAACUUCGAGGUGUUCAUCCAUAAAGUGGACGGUUUGUCUGACGACCACAAGAUCGAGACGCAGCGGGACGUCCACCAGCGGGCCAACGACGACCUGGUGGACGCCGGCCUGGACCGCCUCCACCUCAGCUUCUACCUGACCAGCAUCUACGACCACUCCAUCUUCGAGGCCUUCAGUAAAGUGGUGCAGAAGCUCAUCCCCCAGCUGCCCACCUUGGAGAACCUCCUAAACAUCUUCAUCUCACACUCUGGCAUUGAGAAGGCCUUCCUGUUCGACGUGGUCAGUAAGAUCUACAUCGCCACGGACAGCUCUCCGGUGGACAUGCAGUCGUACGAGCUCUGCUGUGACAUGAUCGACGUGGUCAUCGAUGUCUCCUGCAUCUACGGGCUGAUGGAGGACGGCGGCGGCUGCGCCUACGACAGCGAGUCCCUGGCCAUCAUCAAGCUGAACAACACCACGGUGCUCUACCUGAAGGAGGUCACCAAGUUCCUGGCUCUGGUCUGCAUCCUCAGGGAGGAGAGCUUCGAGAGGAAAGGUCUGAUCGACUACAACUUCCACUGUUUCCGGAAAGCGAUCCACGAAGUGUUUGAGGUGGGAAGCUUGUUUGACGGCGCCAUCUGGGGACCUGCGAGUUCCUCCAGCAGCAAGCAGACGAGCCUGAAGAACCCGGUGCUGAACGGAAGCGCAGUUUAAGGCUCCUGGAGACGCGUCAGCUCCAGAAAGAGAAGCUGCAGAGUGAUGCAGACUGGAAACACCUUGAAUGCAGCAGGGACUCCAGAUUCCUCCCAGGAAGCAGACCUGCAGCUGGGACGAGGCGCCUGACGAACUCCACGGUCUGGACCUGAUUUCCAGGUUGGCCUCUGGAACCGGACCGUUAGCAGUCAGCGGUGCUGCGUGCAGCUCAGACCCGUUUGACCCGCAGAAAGCACCUCUGUGGCGUCUAGACGUUAACGAGACCAGAACUGAACCCGGUUUACUCUCACGGUUUUAUGUGACGAAGCUUUUGGCCAAAUAAGUUUGAUGUUCUGCUUUUAUUAUCGUGUGGAUUUUUAAAUAAAAAGGUUCUGUCCUUCA